CGGAUUUUUUCUCACUGUGCACAGACGUCCCGACAUGUCCACAGUCCCCAGCGUGAAUGCGAUGCCUGCUUGAUAUGGCAGUACAGAGUGACGAGGCUCCGCUGCUUGGGCUUGAAAGCUGGCCAGUUCUGAUCAUCACUGCCAAAGGAGACUCUUUCCUUGAUUUUCCUCCCAUAAAACUUGGGGGAGACGCCCGCCGGUUUUGGCAGAACUGAGCCCUGAAAUUUCACACUUGAAAUCACUUUCUUAGAGAGAUAUCCCAAUGGCAUCACUGGAUGAUGAACAUAUUAUCAGUAGGAUGGGUCUUCUGGCCCUCCCUGCUUGUUGCGUGGCCAUAUGUCUAUACGACGUUCUGUUCAUAUACCGCCGCCGAAAGUUGCAUGAGAAUUAUCGGUUCACGACGAGACAUGCCUUGAUCGGACUCCUUGGGCUCUGUUGCUCUUUAUUCUGCGCCAUUACGAUACUAGGCGAGGCAUUUGCAGGAGAGGUCUACGAAUUCCCUAGACUUCUAGUUGGGGGCUUGUGGGUUGCCGUAUCUCUCUGUCAGCUUACAUAUCUCACCAGUCGCUCGAUUCAAUUACUUUCCUUCUUGAAUUCCGUGCUGCUUAGUCUAACGUUACUCUUGACAACAAACAUCCCACAGCAGGUCUACCCUCUGAUCUGGCUCGACACUCCCAAACACUAUCUCUCGACGUGGACGUUAAUCCAGCUGCUAGCUGCUUUAACAAGUUCUAUUUUGGUUCCUCUGGCAUCCCCUUCUCAUAAUUAUACCGAGAAUGAUCUCUAUCCACCGCAUACUUCUUCACCUCUAACGAGAUGGUGUUUAUAUACGUGGAUCAGUCCCCUCAUCAAUGAGGCAUACAAGCGUCGUGGAGACAUUAGUUCGGAUAAUUUGCCACUUUCCACAGCUAAGAGUUCUCCAGAGAAUUGGCUUCGGAAGUACACAGAGGCUUGCAAGGACUCGCCGUCACUUCCCAAAGUUCUUUGGAGCCUAUUCAAGCGUCGGCUGAUGGUUGCAGCCUUCUUCUCGGCCUCCUGCGGAUUCUUCGAGCUUGUUGGAACCAUUGGUCUUUAUCAACUGCUGCUGUAUCUUCAAGGAUCACCUGAAGCCAAGUUUAGGCCGUGGUUUUCCAUAACUUUAUUCAGUGUUUGCCCAAUCCUGCGUGGGUUAUGCAUGCAGAUAUUUGAAUAUAUCGCUACGCAUAUCAUAGGCCACCUCAAAGUCACCGUCAUUUCUGCGGUCUUUGACAAACUCAUUCAUUCCGUGGACAGUACUGGCGUGGAUUGCGGCAAACUCCAUAACAAUAUCUCCGCCGACGUCGAUAGGUUGGGUACGCUCCGCUAUACAGUCAUGACAAUGUUCAUGGUCCCGGUUGAAAUUACCGUUGGAUCUAUUCUUCUCUUCAAAAUUAUGGGAUGGUAUUAUAUUCCAAGUCUGGUUUUCCUUCUGGUCACAAGAUUUCCAUUGUCCAAAUUCAUCGCCUCUUCCCAAGGAAAAGCACAGUCCAACAUCAUGAAAUCUACAGAUGAGCGGAUGAGGAAAACAAACGAAGCCAUACGGACCCUCACAACAAUCAAAAUGAUUGGAUGUGUACAAGCUUUUGCAGGCAAGAUCCUGGAUACACGUGGUCGAGAGUUGCAAGCUAUUUGGAGAAAGAUGCAGAUUAUCGUGGGAUCCGAGGUCUUGUCGACAACAUUCACCUUAUUCGCUCUCGUCCUAUGUCUGUUUCUAUACUCGGUUAUCGGAGGAAACACGGUCAACCCCGACGUUGUCUUCACAAUUGUUGCUGUUUUCAACAUCAUCAAAAGCAUGCUUACCCUGAGCGUACUAGGAGUGGGCCAAUACGCGCAAGCAAUGAUUAGUUUGAAGCGUCUGAGUGAAUUUCUGAAUGACUCGAACCAACAUACGGAAAGCUACUGUAAACUGACAAAAGCUGACAGUAGUGCUGUAUCGAGUUCGAAUCUUUCAAAUAAUGAUCAGAUACGGCUUGUGCAAAACGGUCUCAAUGUUGUUUCAGGAAGUAUAGGGUCAGGCAAAUCUCGGCUUCUGCAGUCCUUGAUAUUUAACACACACUCCAGAGAGUACUCGAUUACAAUACAGAAGACUCAAUUUGAGCCUAUAGGAUAUGCCUCUCAAACCCCAUGGCUCCACAAUGGCAGUAUUAGGGAUAAUAUUCUCCUUGGUUCACCCCUUGUCACUGAACGCUAUAAGCAAGUCUUGCACGUAUGCGCCUUGGAGCAUGACAUAGCGAGUUUUCAGGAUGGUGACUUCCAUAACGUUGGCGAAGCUGGCCGAGGUGUUUCAGGGGGGCAGAGACAGCGUAUAGCACUUGCUCGAGCGCUGUUUUCACCAGCAAAGAUCCUAGCUCUAGAUGAUAUUCUUUCGGGGCUUGAUCCGGUUACUUCUAAUUGGAUCAUUAGAAAAGCGAUUCUUGGGCCUUUGGCACAAAAUAGAACAAUUGUUCUUGCUACCAACGACGUCAGAUGCGCCCAAAUGGCCAAUAUGGUCAUCAAAUUGGAACAAGGAAAGGUUAAGGGUAUCAUCCAGGGCCCCGAGAUCACAGAACGCCUCGAACCUGAAGAAACAGACUUGGAACCGCCAGUCCCAGUUGCAUCUCCUUGCAAAUCCAAUUCGAAACCAACCGGUUCUCCUGAGUCCGAAGAUCUUGACAAGUUCGCUGGAGGGGUUUCUGGCUUUUCUUGUGCAUACAAUUAUCUACGGUCCUUCGGGAACAGGACAUUCCUUUCGAUAACAUUUAUAUUCAUGGUGGGCGCUCAGGCGAUGGACAUCAUGCUGCCUUGGUGGCUUUCAGUCUGGAGUCGAACAGAGAGCGGGAGCAACGCGGAGAUGUCAACUAAUGUGUACAUGGGGAUUUUUACAGGCCUUGGGCUAGCACAAGUUCUGGUAUUGGCAGCCUCACUUCUCCUCUUGUAUUCGGGUGCAUGGCGAGCAAGUCGCGAUAAACAUUUACAAUUACUCACCACGGUCCUCGGAGCUACAUAUUCUUGGAUAAUUCAUACACCAGCGGGUCAGAUCAUCAACCGAUUCUCCUCCGACAUAACGAGCUUAGAUGACACUCUGAUACGGACGUUCCGACCGGUCCUCGAGACAUACUCGUCGAUUGCCCUUCGAAUUCUGACGGUUUCUUCUCUGAUCCCAUUGUUUAUACUCCCGUCAAUCAUCCUGACUGCCCUGGCCAUCUAUACCGGUCGUCGGUACCGAUUUGCAUCAACGGCCACGAAGCACAUGUAUGCGGGCAGCUUGACUCCUUUAUACCACGGGAUCACCGAGACCGUGUCUGGUCUGGCGACCAUACAUGCCUUCCGAGCUGAAAGAGUGCUACAAACACGUUUUAACGGGGCUGUCCACCACCAUGUACGAACCUGGGAAGCUGUCAGUGACCUCCAGCGUUGGUUGGCGGUUCGAAUGGACAUUUUCGUCGCAUUAAUAUCUUUUUCUGUGGCGACACUAGCCAUGCUGCAGCAGAACCCAAGCCCGGCGGUAGUUGGCCUCAGCUUGACAUUGACAACCGGGCUGUGUACCGCUCUUCUGUAUCUUGUUUACCUCUCUAGCCUACUGGAGAUCGAGCUGACCAGCUACCAUCGGAUUGAGAAUUAUCUGGAAAAACUGCCGCAAGAAAGCUGCCAAUCCGAGCACGGAAAUGAGACAGUAGACGAUGACUGGCCCGCCGGGGGGGCAAUCGAGGUUCAUCAUUUGUCAGCGGGCUACUCAAUGCAUGAUGAGUGUGUGAUUCGUGAAAUGAGCUUUGCAGCCAACCCUGGUGAUCGGAUCGCCAUUGUAGGACGAACCGGGAGCGGUAAAACCACGCUGGCAUUGAGUCUGCUGCGGAUGACAGCGCGACUCGGCGGUGCCAUCAGGGUCGACGGGGUCGACAUUGAGGAUAUCUCGGUCGAUACUCUCCGGCGACACAUCACAUUCAUCCCCCAGGAACCCGUCUUGUUUAACGGCACCAUCCGCACCAACCUAGAUAUGACAGGUACUGUCGGAGAUGACCGAUUACAGUCUGCUUUGAGCGAUAUUGCGGGAGACACACGGUGGAAGCUGGAUGACGUGGUGGAAGCAAACGGGCAAAAUAUGUCUCAGGGGGAGCGACAGCUGAUCGCACUGGCGCGUGCAAUGGUCGGUAAGGCCAAGAUCCUCGUCAUCGACGAAGCCACUGCCAAUCUCGAUCAAGCCAGCGAAGACCGCCUCCACGCCGUACUACACGAUAAAUUCAGCGAUUGCACCACCGUCACCAUCACCCAUCGGUUACACAACAUUCUCGAUCACGAUCAGGUCCUAGUUCUGGAGAACGGACGUGUGGUGGAGCAUGGCCAGCCGGGCCACUUGCUCCGCCAAGGAAAGGGUCCAUUCCAUGGAAUGUGGGCGCACAAAUCCUAAACCAACUAUCCCAUCAUUUCCGGUCGCAAAAAGCGAGAGCAUGGGCCGGGGGGAUAUCGCCCCGAGGCAACCUUCGGUGUGACUCUCCGCUGUGGUUUGCCUCCACACUUCCGUGGUCGGUGGCCAGUAGCGAACAGGGUCACACAGCUUAUUUCUGAAGGGAGGGGGGAAAGAUCUGCAGUUCCAGCCUAGCCUCAGAGGUUCGCUGAUCGA